CGAAGAUUAUGUUCGUUAACGUGAUGUUAUGCUGAAAAGAUCAAAUCUUGUUUAAAAGACCGCGAGUUCUUUUAAGAUUAUAAGUGGGCUCAGUUUCAGUCGAAUACUUUUGACUUACUUUCUCCUGAAUCCGUGAAGUUAUGCUGAAAAGAUCAAAUCUUUCAACAACCCAUGUGCUCAAAACUUUAAAUUCGUUACGCAAACCAUUAUCAUAUCCUUUAUGUACUUCACAAGGCAAUGGUUCAGGUAAAAAUGUUACUGAAAGUGGUUCUGAGCCUGAAACAGACUGGGUGAGAUUGCUCAAACCUUUUGAUAUUGAACAGCUCAGGGAAUCGCUCAAUAAAAUUACUCCGCUUCAGCUUCAGAAGUUGCUUAAACUUCCACUUGACGUUUCAACCUCACAUAAGUUAUUCAAUUGGGCGAAAACCCAAAAAGGCUAUUGUCAUACUUUUGAUGUAUAUUAUACUUUAAUUGAUAAAGUUGGUGCUGCCGGAGAGUUUAAGGCCAUUGAUAGAUUAUUAAUGCAGAUGAAAGAAGAGGAGAUAGUUUUUCAAGAAACUCUCUUUGUCAUGAUCAUGAGGCAUUACCAAAAAGCUGAUUUACCUGGUCAAGCCACCAGAUUGCUAUUGGAAAUGACGGCUGUUUUUUUGUGCCAGCCAAGUUUCAAAUCGUACAAUACUGUGUUGGAUAUAUUGGUUGAAGGAAACUGUCCCAAAGUUGCCUCCAAUGUGUUUUAUGAAAUGCUUCAUAAAGGCAUUGCUCCUGAUGUUUUUAGUUUUGCCAUUGUGAUGAAAGCCCUUUGUUCUGUUAAUGAAGUCGAUUCCGCUUGUUCACUCUUAAGAGACAUGACGAAGCAUGGAUGUGUACCAAAUGCUAUAGUUUACCAGACUCUAAUGCAUGCGUUGUGUCAGGGGGAUAGAGUGGAUGAAGCGUUGAAACUUUUGGAGCAGAUGAUACUGAUGGGAUGUACACCUGAUGUCGAGACCUUUAAUGAUGUUAUCCAUGGACUUUGCAGGGCGAACCGAAUUCAUGAGGCUGCAAAAUUGGUUGAUAGGAUGCUUCUUCGUGGUUUCACUCCAAAUUCCUUAACUUAUGGGUUUCUCAUCCAUGGCUUGUGUCGAUUGAGCCAAGUUCAGGAAGCCAAGGUUCUUCUUAGCAAAGUGCCUGAACCGAACAACGUCAUGUUUAAUAUGUUGAUAAAUGGUUAUGUGAUGAAAGGUCAAUUUGAUGAAGCUAAAGCUAUUAUUAAUGAUAGCAUGAUGUAUAAUGGCUGCCAGCCUGAUAUUCAUACAUAUAAUACACUCAUUCGUGGUCUUUGCAAAAAUGAGCGUUUGGUUUCGGCUCGUGAUUUGAUGAGACAAAUGACUUUGAAAGGCUGUGAGCCUGACGUCAUUACUUACUCGACUUUAAUUGAUGGGUUUUGUAAGAGAAACAGAUUAGAGGAAGCUAGUGAAGUCAUGUAUGAAAUGUCUCAAAUGGGUCUUAGUUUAAACACAGUGGGAUACAAUUCCAUCAUACAUGCUUUAUGUAAGGUUGGGAACGUCCCAGAAGCUCUAAACAUGUUUCGUGACAUGUGUACCCAAGGAUGUAAACCUGACAUUUUCACUUUUAAUUCACUAAUCUUUGGGCUGUGUGACAUUGACGAGGUAGAAAAUGCUUUGAAAAUGUUCCAAGAUAUGGUGUUGGAGGGUGUCAUCCCUGAUAUUGUAACUUUCAACACUUUGAUUCACGCUUUUCUGAGAAAAGGUGCCAUUCAUGAAGCUUUUAAACUUGUAAAUGAAAUGCUACUUAGGGGAUGUCCGCUUGAUGAAAUCACAUAUAACGGGUUAAUAAAGGCAUUAUGUAGAGAUGGCGCUGUUGAGAAGGCAUGGGCACUGUUUGAGGAGAUGGCGGAUAAGGGUUUGAACCCGAGUACAGUUUCAUGUAAUCUUUUGAUCAGCGGUUUGUGCAAAACUGGUAAAGUCCAACGAGCGUUUGAUUUCAUGAGGGAUAUGAUGCACUUAGGGAUGACUCCUGAUAUUGUUACAUAUAACACUUUGAUUAAUGGGUUGUGCAAAGUGGGUAAUGUUCAUGAAGCCAUAAAGCUGUUUGAUAACUUGCAGCUUAAAGGUAUGAAUCCUGAUGUGAUUACUUAUAAUACUUUGAUAUAUUCGUAUUGUAAAGAAAGCAUGUUUGUUGAAGCGUAUAUGCUCCUAAAUAAAGGUGUUGCUAAAGGCUUUGUACCAAAUGACGUAACAUGGUAUAUAUUGGUUUCCAGUUGCGUUAAAGAGGUUGAUGAGUUAUAGAUAUGAUUUGUGUAUUUUGCACCAAAUUCCAUCAGAAGGGAUUCUUGUUCUUGUUGAAUAGUGUCACAAAACUGUGUUUUAUAUGUAUUGUUGGAUAUGGAGCUUCAAUCAGAUCGGAUCUCCCCCAUGAUUUGAUGAAAUCCAACUUUUAAGAAUUAUGUUGGUACAUUUAUAAUGGUUGACAAAUACAUAUCCAAACAUUCCGUAUGGAGAAACUUUUCCACCAAAAAUGUUCAUUUAGCACAGUGACAUCCAUCAAUUCAGCUGAAGAACCAUCUAUCGAUUUGAUGUGCACAAAGGCGAAGAAGUCUAGUAGGCCUUUCUGGUAAGUAUCAAUGUUUUUAGAUAUAAAGUUGGGAGACAAAGGACAUGUGAAGAAGCCUGGUGCCUUUCGAGUCUUGCAUGAUAAACUGCCCAUAGGAGUUGCUUUGAAGUGAGCCUAUGUUGCUGGUACAGCUUAAUGAGGCUCCUCGUUCACAGAAAAGUUCAAAUCGGUCUAAAGAGGCUUAAGGUAUUGAACAAAAUGCUUAGUUUUUUUUCUUCCUGAAUUCUAUUUAUAUGAAAUGAAUCCUAGUACCUGUUUUGUAGAUUUUUCUUCAUUUAUUUAUUGAACUCAAUUUUGUUGAGUCCUGGGUUGAAAGAAACCUUUAAGCAAA